AUGGGUCUCCCUGAAAAAGAAAAAAAUCCUAGACGAAAGUCAACUUUAAAGGCGUUUGGAAAUUUUAUUGCUAUGCAUAUGGUAAAAAAACUGGUGAGACGCAACAAAACCGGUGCAGGAAACAAAAAUGAUAAAGAUGCAAUUGAUGCAGGAUUCUCUGGUUCAAAUAAUGAAAAUGGUUUCUCAAAUGGUAAUAAUGGUUCUUUGCUUCAUGCACAUGGCAGCACCAAUGGAAAUGGUGUUGCUAUUAAUGGCUCAAAAAGUUACAGUGGAUUACCAAACGGUCUGGAUCUCAGUUCAUUGAAUGCUAUGCCAGAAUGCUUAAGCAACACAGAUGUGUUGGCUGAAUAUUUUGUGAUGGGGCAAUACAAAAUAGAUUUGAAAAAUUGUAGAAAGGAUCGUAGUAAGAAGUAUGGUACUAAAGGUGAAGUAAUUGAGUUAAUGGCAACUCUUGUAAGGAGCUUAUGGACAGUAACAUAUACCCAAGACAUGACAAAAAGUUUAAAAGAUGGCAUUUCAAAAUAUGCUUCACAGUAUAAAGGCUCCAGUCAGCAUGAUUCUCAAGAAUUCAUGUUGUGGCUGAUGGAUAAAAUGCAUGAAGAUAUAAACAUGAUGCCUGCUAAAAAGCGCUCAUUUACUCGGAAACAGUCAUUCCGAAAAAGCUCCCGAAAAUUUUCUGUUGAAAAAACUGCUGAAGAUUCUGCUGCUGCACCAAAACUUGCUGUUGAUUUAUCCCCAACUAGUUUUGUUCAAAAAGUUUUUCAAGGACACUAUAGAUCAAGUUUAAGCUGUCCUAAUUGCAAGAAGCGCAGUGACACAACAGACCCAUUUUUAUGUGUUUCGCUCCCCUUAAAACAAAGAACCACUCGUCCAAUGUAUGUGAAUGUGGUGUAUCUUCCAAAUAAACGACGAAGUGGGCUGGGCAGAAAGCAUAUGGCGGGUAAAACCAUCAAAAUUGGUGUUUCUGUACCUCUUGAUGGUAAAAUAAAUGAUCUUAGACAAGCAGUAGCAGCUGAGUGUGGUAUUCACUCUAGAUUACUCGCUUUUGUUGAUUUACAACAUGACGGUUUUCACAAAGCAUAUGGGGAUGACUAUGCUCUUAUUGAUUUCCCUAUGAACAACUCUUCAACAACAGCCGUAAACAUGUCAUUGUAUGCAUUUGAGAUGCCACCUAUAGCCAAGAUGACAGCUGGAACUUUACCGCGGAACUUUGCCAGUAGUCACAAAAAAAGAGCAACGAUAGCUGGGAAGUUUGGGAAAGAUGGAAACGAAGGCAACACAAGUAAUUCUAUUCCUGAUAGUAUAGUUGUGAUCCUGAUUAAUAAACAAGGAGUAAGAGAACAAGGAAAAAGGUUCGGUCGUCCUCUUGUUUUUCGUGCAUCCAGAGAUGUUCUUUCCAGUGAACUUCAAUCUAUGAUUCUUAAUCAGAUGAGCGAUCAACUUAAAAAUGGUGUCAAGCAUGAACGUAUGGGUUCAUUGUUUAGAUUACAGGCAAAGGAUGGUAUUCCAAACAAAAGUUACCUCUCCCAGCAAGCACAACAACCACUUCGUUUACCAACGGUUGACAAAGCAUUGGAAAACUGUCCAGCUGGAGGUCCUCUUCAUAUUAAACUUGUAGCAGAGUGGGACACAGAUACCAAGUGUGGAAUAUUUGAAAAAUUCCCAGAAGAAAAGGUUGAAGUCCAAGAUAGUGUUCGACUACAAAAAGUUGUCCACCAACAACCAGUGACUUGCACAUUGGAAGAAUGCUUUGAUCUUCAUACUCAAGUGGAGGAGCUUGGAGCAGAGGAUGCAUGGUUGUGUCCACACUGUAAGAAACAACAGCAAGGCACAGUGAAGAAACUUAGCCUACUAACCUUGCCUGAUAUAUUGGUGUUACAUUUAAAGCGUUUCCGAGUGACUGAUGGACGCAGAACCAAACUUUGUACCAGGGUUGAGUUCCCGGUAACUGGGUUAAACAUGUCAAAACAUAUAUUUAGCAAUGAUAUGAAUGGUCACAGUUUGCCUGAUUCACCAAAGUCUUAUGGAAAUGCUUGGAAUCCAACCUACCCCCCGCAUCUUCCAACCACAGUGGGACCAGAAGAUCAUUUGUAUGAUCUUUAUGCUGUUUGCAACCAUUAUGGAAAUCUUAACUCCGGUCACUAUACUGCUUGUUGCAGCAACCCUUUAGAUGGAAAAUGGUACUUGUUUGAUGAUAAUCAUACAGAAAGCAUUACUGAAGAUGCCCUUUCACCACAAUCGGUUUACAUCUUGUUUUAUCAACGUCGAUCUGCUUCAGCAGCGCUAUCGUGUGGAGGUGCUUCAAUAAACUCGGUCAUGUCCGAACAUUGGGCAUUUCAACUUCCACAGUUUAAACAAAAAAUUCAGCAGUUUAACUCACAAAGCCACCUGAAUCAUCACUCAGUUGCACAAGUGAGUCGAGUGAAAACAUUCUCGGUGUCAAGAAAAUCUGAGACUUUAUCUUCACCUGUUGAUGGCCACCUUGCUAUGAAAAUUAAUUCCAACAACAACAGCAACAAAAUUGCAGCUGCCGCAAGUAAACUGCAGGCUGCUAAUAAAAGGAAAGAACCACGUCAGAGUGUUGUGAGCAGUGAAGAUGUGGAUGAUGGUGGUUUCGACUCUCCUACUCGACCUUAUCUACGAGGUCUUCGUCGCCAGGGAUCAGCAAUUAUUGGAAAAUCGAGGGAAGACGACAGAGAUCGCAGUGAAUUACGUGGUCGUCAAUAUCGCUCGUACAGACAUAACAGGACCACGCGAAGGCAGCAAUCAAGUCAUGUGUGAUAAACUUUUUUGGCUUUUCAAUUCUGUAAAAUCUUAAAUUUCCUACUUGUAGACUUUCUAAUUAUUUUACACCAAGUUUUUACUGUAGCUCCAUUACGAGUUUGGUAUAAUGUGGUACGGAUCAGAAUGUUAACACUUUUUUGUACAUCUGUCAUAUUUUUGUGCUGUCACUGUGAUGUUCACCAUUGUGUAAGCAGUUUUUUGAUCAGUAUUUCUCUUGUUGGUUUUGUACAAGAGUAUUGUACUGUUGUGCAGAAUCACGUAAGUUUUUAUCAAUAUAUUCUCACUUUAAAUCAUAUGACACUCUUUAUAAACUGGUGCAGAACAAUAACAUUGUGAUAAUACGCGGUGCCUUUGUCUUAAUAUGUUGUGGUACUUGCAUGAGCUUUACAAGCUUGUCAGUGGUGCAAUAUCAUACACCAAUUUAAAGUUUUUAUUCGGCAUUUCCACUCUUGAGUAUAUUGUGCUUGAUGAUCUUCAUACACUUCAAUUCUAUAGAUUGUUUAUAGAGGUUUUCUUUUAAUUAGUGUGUGCUUCCUUUGUAUCAUUCACUGCCACAAAUUCACAUAAUAUUGUCUGUUAAACGUAAUUUUUCGCUUAUUGAUUCUUGUGGCAUAUUUACGUCAUUGUUUGUGAUUUUCAGUAGAUUUUUUUAAUUUUUUUCUUGAAUAUGUUGCAUUUAAUAACCGCAUUUUUAAUAUAUCUUUAAUCAUCUUCUAUAUUAAUGAUAACAUAAAGCUUUCCUAUUUAAGCAACAGUGUGGUGGUUAGUGUAGCUCUUAUGAAUUCAUCAUUCCAGAAUAUGGGCAUAACCUUUCAUUACAUUCGAUCAUUUCAAAUA